AUGGCGAGCGAGCUUGACAAGAAAAUACGUAAAAAACAGACCUCUUUGUUCGACCCAAAGGAGAGCGCACCAAACAAACUGAAGGCCUGUAUCUCGCUCCUUGAAAAGCAAAGUGUUGAGGAAUUCCAGAUUUUCGUCCGUCCCGAGAAACAGAAGUUUUCGAUGUUUAUUAUCGAAGUCAGUCAGUACGUCGAGAACCACACAAAGAAAGGGAAGAUAACUGUCCCUGUAAAAGAAGCGUUGACACACAUUAAAGUGUUAAAUGCUAUGAUUGGCUUGUAUGAAUACCCCGAACUCACUGUUUUCGAUUUGUAUCAAAAGUAUUUAAACAACUACUUGAAAAUCGAAACGGCACCAGAAGUCAGAGAAGCCGCUUUCCAAUUGGUCAUCGACCUUGUUUUGAAAUAUGGAGAACAAAGCGCGUUGACAGAUUACUUCUUAGGAACUAUUAAUUUGGGGUGUCUCUUUAAUCUCCCGGGGUAUCCAGUACAGAAGUUGGACUAUGCCGAAGUCUGCUUUAGUCUACCGGAGAGUGAUUUUGACCAAUCAUCGAUGUCCAUCAAACUGGUUUCCGAUUUCAUCAAACAACUCAAGAAGCCAGAGAACUUCGAAAAAUUGUUCCACUUGGUCGAAGCACUUUUGUCAUACAUUUUCCCACUCUUUGCUGAAGCUUCAAAAUAUAAAUAUAAGUUGGCGCACCCACUGAUUAAUUUGAAACAGACAACACCAGUACAAGUCCAGAAGUACGUCUUGGACUUCUUAAAGGAACUUUUGGUAUCGCCAAUUUCUUUGAAAUUGAAAAAUAGACCAAAUACAAUUCCCUUCAUCCACUGCUUAUACUCGUCGAUUCUAACUUUAACCCCCGAUGAAGCAACAAAGCCAGUCAUCUCGCAAACCAUCCCUUACUUCUUCUCCGAGUUCAUUUUCAACCAAUUCAGAACAUCGGAGCUCGAAGAAAUUGUGAAGACCAAACACUUUUUGGUCACGGAACUUAUUCCCUUCUUCGACAAACCAUUUGUCAUAGGAAAGCCAUUGAUAGUUGGGCAAAUUGCCGAAGAGAUAAAGGCAACGCUCUAUAAAAUGACAACAUUCGGGUGUGACAACGAAAUGAAAGACAUCGUCAUCCAAACGGUAUUGACUUGUAUCGAUUUGUUACUCAAAGCACAAUUGGGGCAAUCUGCUGGUUCGUUCACCGAGUUGAUAUUUAUGUUCUACGUUAAAUGGGAUGUUUCUGACAAGUACUGGGAACUCCUCCGAACGCGUAUUGCGGAGAAUAUGUCGAAUGAGUUUGUGACCAAACAACUUUCGAAAAAGUUGUGGCACUACACACGUGCCGUGUUCAGAGAAAAGUACUCCCCGUUGUUGCUUGAAAACACCGACGAAGUGCUUGUUGGAAAUAAGAAGGUACUUCGGUCCACUCGAACGGAAAUUCCCGACGAAGUCUUUGUAGCACCCGCUGCUGAUGAGAAGUUCACGUUAUUGUUUGGGGAGUGUGAUCAACAAAGUUCGAUUAAGUGGUGGAUGCGGUUCUAUAGUCUGUUAGAACACGUGAAUGACCUGAAGUCGAGCGAGAGUUAUGAAAAUGGCAUUCGGAUCUUAUACGAAGUGUGUUGUUUAUUCAUUCGUGCUGAGACGAAGAUGUGUGAACAGUUUAAUCUUGAGGCAAAGGAGGGUCGGCCCGAGUUAAUAGAAAUCUUUGGCAAGAUCUUCUUUGAUGCCUUUGCAAAGAGUGAACACACGCCCAAGUCAUUAGAAUACAGUUAUCGUGUCAUUUGUAAAUUAGUGAAUCGGGGAUAUGUCCGGUAUAGUAACGAGUUAUACAGUCGGUUCUAUGAGAUCAUAUCCAAUGGGUUGCCAUUGAUGCCAGUUGUCAUAUUGGAAGAGCUCUUCGACAUUGUACCAAACCAAAUUCCUGGGUGGCCAGUGUUGGUUAUUCCCGUCAUUGGCCAAUUACAGAACUUGACUCAAGACAAUUUCAAAGGAAUCGCCAACUUGAAUAGAGACGCACAGAUCAUUUCAUUUUUGAUGUCGUUGAUCACCGUUGAAGAUAUUUAUCCCAAAAUACUCGAGGACGUUGGAGGAAUUUCGGGAACCCUCAAGACCACUUACGACGACUCACUGACAAAAUGCUUCAAAAAUCUGUUACAAGUCUUUACAUCAACCAAAUCACAAUCAACAAUGUUGUUCGGGUUGAUCGACCACAUCGUCUUUGCCCGAAGAAAGAACCCUGAAGCCGAUAUUAACGAGACACUGGACAUGAUUCUUAAAAGAAUAGAAAUCCCAAUUGAAGAUGUCUACCGUCCCGCCUCAGAAGCUCUUGGACAACUCGCUUUGUUCAAUCAGUACCUUACAGAAGAAGACGUCCAAUAUAUCAUUGUCAAAAUGAUGUCGAGUAUCACAAAUCCACAAACACGAAGCGAGUCGAUUGCGUGUGCAUUCACUGCGUUAACUGAGUGGGCGUUUGCGCCGUCAUGUGUCUUUAUCAAAGCGUUGAUACCGGAAGUUACAGCGCAGCUACUUAAUGGUAUUUCGUAUGCAAUGUCACUCACACCGACACCACACCCAACAGACCAGACCAUUAAAUACCGAGCAUGUGCAAACGAAUGUGCCGAAAUCUUUUUGCAGACGCUUCUGAACAUCUUUGGCUUUGUUCCGAGCGAAAAGGGGAGUGACAAGUUCUUAUCGACGCACGUAGAAGAUGGUGAAGUGACGUGGUGGCUCUACGGGAACAACAUUUUGUCGAUAGAGAAAGGCGACGACACACACUUCUGUUUCUUAGUCAUUCGAAAUGCUGUUGGGAAGACUCGAUGGGGGAUUCAGUCGGUGUCGACGUUAGAAGAGCUUGGGAUGACAUCUCCGCAGAAGCGUGAGAAGAUCACAUUACAUGACAUUAUUAAGGAUCAACCGAAACAGUUAGUCGAAGAGCGUCGAGUUGAAGUAGUCCAGAACAAGUUACGUGAGAUGAUAGACUCUGCAGUGAGUAAAGAGAGUGAUUUAUUAGAUUGGGGCCUUCCCAAAGGAGUUGACAAAGAUUCCUAUCAAAACGACAUUACUUGUACGAAAGACGAGAUAGAGAAGACCAAUUCCAAAAUCCAAGAGUUUGGGCAACAUAUAGUUUUGUUGAAAAAUGAGGAAAAAAGUCUAGUUAGUGUAACUCCACCACAAAUUGAUACAACAAAACUAUUAGUCCACGGAUUACUUUGUCAGCUGCACUUUAUUGAUCCAAUUCCAAAGAACCAGCCGGUGUUAGUCCCUAUCAACCCACAUGAAAAGUUCAAGAUUUUACUUGGGAAUUUGGACAAAACGUGUUCGCGACCUUUCCAUAAAAUUGGGUUGAUUUAUGUGAUGAAUAACCAAACUGAUCAAUACGACAUCUUAAAAAACACUUCGGGGUCAGCGGCGUAUAACGAAUUUGUCGAAGGACUUGGAUGGACGUUAGAUAUCCGAACCCAUAGCGGGUUCCUCGGAGGAUUAGACAAGACUUAUAUGUCCACUGGGGAGUAUAUCAGAUACUUUGCAGACGCAACUAAAGAAGUGAUCUUCCACGACAUCACUUUGAUCCCGACACAAGAAGACGACUCGCAACAAUUGACUAAAAAGAGACAUGUGGGGAAUGACUAUGUCCACAUCGUUUGGAAUGAGUCGGGAGAGUACUCCCCGUACACUAUAACAAGUCAAUUCAAUGCAGCUCACAUAGUCAUUUCUCCUCUAGGAAAUGGCCUGCACAAAAUCAGAAUUUGGCGUAAGCAGAACGUCAGACAGUUCGGUCCGUUAUUGGACGGGAUGGUCGUUGGAAAAGAUUUGUUGCCCGCACUAGUCAGGGAGACUGCGGUGAACGCGAAUUAUUGUUGCUCACUUAAUAUAUCGCCCGACGACUACUUGAAGCCUUAUUUGCGAAGAAGCACUCUCAUUAAGGAAAUCAUCGACAAGAACGACUCGUUUAACACGCCAUCGUUCUUCUCGACUCUCUCGAUGAUUAGUAACCCAACUUGUGUGAAUGACUUGACCACGAAAAAGUGA